AUGCAAGCUAUUGGUGUGAGUACUAUUGGUCAGGCCAAGGGUGGAAAUGGUAUGGGCUGUGGUCGUGGAGCACCGGGUAGAGGUGAGGGUCAUUCUGAAGCGAGGCAGCCAAGACUGGUUUAUGCUGCAUAUCGUCGAGAGGAUGGAGACACCCCAGAUGUUAUCACGGGUACGUUCUUCAUUCAUAAUAUACCCUAUACUGCACUGAUUGAUAUUGAAUCUACGCACCCUUAUAUAGAAUGCAGUGUGUCUGAUACUUUGGGUAUUAUGGUUGAAAACACUAUGAGUGAGGUUACCGUGUUGAGUCUGUUAAGGCAGUCAGUGAGAGUGAACAAAUUUUUUAAGGAUUUACCUUUGGAGGCAAAUUUGGACUGUGCUGCAAAGCGGGUGAAACUGAGAACCAAAAAGGGUGAUGAGGGUUGUGAGGCCUAUUUAGCCUACGUCAGUGCUUCGAGUUCUAAAAUUUCGUCUGUGAAAGAUAUCAGAAUAGUUAAGGAUUUUCCAGAUGUUUUCCCCGAUGAGUUACCGGGAUUACCUUCUAACUGUGAAGUUGAGUUUGGGAUAAAGCUCUUGCCUGGUAUAGCUCAGGUGUCUAUUUCCCCUUAUAAAAUGGCACCAAAGGAACUUGAGGAGCUUAAGGCAUAG